ACCAACAAACAAAGCCGCAUAUUCCAAUCCCAACCUCCACCGUCCAUUCCAAAUCCAACGAUCCACACUCAAAUCUCAACACAUGACAAGAAUAAUGUAAUAACUCCCCCACUUCACUGAUCACUCUCAAGUCUCACCGAUCUCAAUCACCACAAUGGCUUCGAUUCCUCUCACCACCACAACCACCGCCACUAACCUCCCAUUCCUCCGCCUCCGUUCCUCCCCACCCCUCCGCCAACAUUCCCAAUCCACCUCCACUUUCAACUUCAAACCCCUCAAAUCAAUUCACACGCCCCCCAUUUCCAUUUUCUCACCCCUCAUUUCAAAACGCCACACUCUCACCGUUAGAGCUUCAUCAGCCUCCAUCACACCAGCUUCAUCUCCAUCACCAGCUCCGCCACCAGCUCAACCUUGGCAAGGCGCCGCCAUUAAACCACUUAUAGCAUCAAUCCUCACCGGAGUAAUCCUCUGGUUUGUUCCAACUCCUGAAGGUGUAUCCCGCAACGCGUGGCAACUACUCGCAAUCUUCCUCGGAACAAUCGUUGGAAUCAUCACACAACCACUCCCACUCGGCGCUGUGGCAAUUCUAGGUUUAGGAGUUUCAGUUCUCACCAAAACCCUUCCCUUUGUUGCAGCAUUUUCCGGUUUUGGUGAUCCAAUUCCAUGGUUGAUUUGUCUAGCUUUUUUCUUUGCUAAAGGUUUUAUCAAAACUGGAUUAGGUAACCGUGUUGCGUAUCAAUUUGUGAAGCUUUUUGGUAGUUCUUCAUUAGGGUUAGGUUAUAGUUUGGUUUUUAGUGAAGCAUUGUUAGCUCCGGCGAUUCCUUCGGUUUCGGCAAGGGCUGGUGGGAUAUUUUUACCGUUGGUUAAGUCUCUUUGUGUUGCUUGUGGAAGUAAUGUUGGUGAUGGGACUGAGGAGAAGCUUGGAUCUUGGUUGAUGCUUACUUGUUUUCAAACGUCUUGUAUUUCGUCGGCCAUGUUUUUGACUGCGAUGGCUGCGAAUCCGUUAUGUGCGACUCUUACUUUGAAUUCGAUUGGCCAGACGAUUGGGUGGGUGGAUUGGGCUAAAGCGGCUAUUGUGCCGGGUUUGGUUUCGUUGGUUUUGGUGCCGUUGAUUUUGUAUAUUAUUUAUCCUCCGAAGUUGAAAUCUAGUCCUGAUGCACCUAAGCUUGCUAGGGAGAAGUUGGAGAAAAUGGGGCCUAUGACGACUAAUGAGAAAAUUAUGACUGCCACUCUGUUUCUUACGGUGGGACUUUGGGUGUUUGGAGGGCUUCUUAAUAUAGAUGCCGUAACUGCUGCCAUUCUUGGAUUAGCUGUACUCCUCAUCUCAGGGGUUGUAACAUGGAAAGAGUGCUUAGCUGAGGGUGUUGCCUGGGAUACUCUCACGUGGUUUGCUGCCCUCAUUGCAAUGGCCGGGUACUUGAACAAAUAUGGUCUCAUCUCUUGGUUCAGUCAAACUGUAGUCAAGUUUGUUGGUGGAUUGGGCCUUUCAUGGCAACUAUCUUUUGGUAUACUGGUCCUCCUCUACUUCUACUCUCAUUACUUCUUUGCCAGUGGAGCUGCUCAUAUUGGUGCUAUGUUUACUGCAUUUUUGUCUGUUGCUACUGCUUUGGGAACUCCACCAUUCUUCGGAGCCAUGGUGUUGUCAUUCCUCUCCAACCUUAUGGGAGGCCUUACUCAUUAUGGGAUUGGGUCUGCUCCAGUAUUUUUCGGUGCCAACUAUGUCCCACUUGCCAAAUGGUGGGGUUAUGGCUUUGUUAUUAGUAUUGUUAAUAUUGUCAUCUGGCUUGGACUUGGGUCUAUUUGGUGGAAAGCCAUUGGCUUGUGGUAAAGGGCCUGAUAGAGAAUUUUGCCAACACACUUUAAGAUUUUUGCAUACAUUCUUGUACGCAUUAUUGUUGUUAUCAGCAGUUGGAGCAAAUUGCCAAUUUUUAACCUAUGCUUUCUAGAAAUAAUCUAAGAGGUUUUGUUGUAGAUUUAUACGGGAACCUGGAUACCGCUGAUCGUUUUAGAUCUUCAGUAGACCAGUUACAUUAUUAUUUAUGAGAUGUAAACACAUCACGUUAUUCAGGAUAUAUUGUCCAUUGUACGAUUCGAAUGUAUUCUUUCCAUAAAGAUUUCGGUACAAUUGCUAUUUUCAUUUUAAUGU